GUGGAGGCUGCUCCCUCCCGCCCCUUUCUCCCUCUGCAAAGGACAGGCUUCCUUCCUGUCUUGAGGCUUUUAAGGGAAGGGGCAGCAGCCAUGGCUCUCCUAAGAGGUGUUUUCAUUGUUUCUGCCAAGAGGACCCCGUUCGGGGCUUACGGAGGCCUCUUCAAAGACUUCACAGCUACGGACCUCGCAGAGAUUGCAGCGCGGUCGGCCCUAUCCGCUGGCAAGGUGUCUCCUGAAAUUGUCGAUAGCGUGAUUGUGGGAAAUGUUAUGCAGAGCGCCGCAGAUACUAUUUAUCUUGCACGCCACGUUGGCCUACGCGUCGGAGUGCCAGUCCCAGUCCCUGCCUUAACCGUCAACAGAUUGUGCGGAUCAGGAUUCCAGUCGAUUGUCAACGGAUGCCAGGAAAUUUGCCUGAAAGAAUCAGAAAUAGUACUAUGUGGUGGAACAGAAAAUAUGAGCCAGUCUCCAUAUGCUGUUCGAAAUGCCCGCUUUGGAACAAAACUUGGAGUUGAUCUCAAGCUAGAAGACACACUGUGGGCUGGACUGACAGAUCCACAUAUUAAGACACCUAUGGGUGGCACAGCUGAAAAUUUGGCUGUACAGAAUAACAUCACAAGGGAACAAUGUGAUCAAUAUGCACUGAAGACACAGAAGAGGUGGAAAGCUGCUCAUGAAGCUGGCUAUUUUAAAGCCGAGAUGGCACCCAUUGAAGUGAAAACCAAGAAAGGGAAACAGAGCGUGGAGAUGGAUGAGCAUCCGCGACCAGACGUGACACUGGAACAACUAGCAAAGCUCCCCUUGGUUUUCAAGAAGGAUGGGACGGUCACAGCUGGGAAUGCCUCGGGAGUAUGUGAUGGAGCUGGCGCAGUGAUCUUGGCAAGUGAAGAUGCUGUUCAAAAGCACAAUCUCACUCCGUUGGCUAGAAUAGUGGCCUACCAUGCAUCUGGUUGUGACCCCAACAUCAUGGGCAUUGGCCCAGUAUUUGCCAUCAAAGAAGCUCUGAAGAAAGCUGGACUUUCUCUGAAAGACAUGGAUUUGGUUGAGGUCAAUGAGGCUUUUGCUCCACAAUACUUGGCAGUGGAGAAGGUUUUGGGUCUGGACCCCGAGAAAACCAAUGUCGACGGGGGCGCAAUCGCCUUGGGUCAUCCAUUGGCAGCUUCAGGCUCAAGGAUCACAGCUCAUCUGACUCAUGAACUGAGGCGUCGUGGAGGCAAAUAUGCAGUUGGUUCUGCUUGCAUUGGAGGUGGACAAGGUAUAGCGGUCAUCAUCCAGAAUACAGCCUAAAGGACCAUCUCACAGUUUAACACCAAACUGACUAAAACAUGCCUUAUAAUGAUUUAGAAGCGUGGAAGUUCAGAAAUUGUGCAGUAUUAACUAUAUGGAAAAUGGAAGAAAAGAGCGCACUACUAGGCAAUCUCUAAUUUGUGUGAAUCCUGCCAUAAUAAUCAUUGCUCUACUACCUCCUGCUCGUUAAGUUUUAAUUCCUGAAGAUGCCUUAUAGCAAAGUUGGAUCUCUCUGUUGAUAUUUUAUCAACACUGUCUUUUCCCAAACUGUUGGAUAUUUCUGGUGAUUUAUUUUUCUGUAAAAGGUACUUCAAUAAGAACUUUGCAUUGCCAGAAAAUGUGUAUUUUCGUUGAAUUGAUUUGGCAUGUCUGCUCGUUUGAUUUUGUAUUAAGACCUGAAUGCAAACAUGACAAAGCCAAUGUGCCUCUCAAUAGAAAAAAAUUAAAUGAUACUAAAUUAAACCAAAUAA